AUGAGCGGGCUUGCGUCCAAGCAGCAGUCGCUGAAGAUCUUCGAGAAGUUGAAGACAAAGCCAGCCAACAAGAUCUGUUUUGAUUGUGGACAGAAGAAUCCAACAUGGACAUCCGUACCUCUGGGCAUCUACCUGUGCCUUGACUGCUCAUCGAACCAUCGAAACCUCGGUGUCCACAUCUCCUUUGUUCGAUCGACCAACCUCGACCAAUGGCAAUGGGACCAGCUCCGUAUCAUGAAGGUUGGUGGAAACGAGUCUGCCACCAAGUUCUUCCAGCAGAACGGCGGAACUGCCGCCCUUAACAGCAAGGAUCCCAAGACCAAGUACCAGUCCAACGCUGCAACCAAGUACAAGGAAGAGCUCAAGAAGCGGGCAGCUAGGGACGCCCAAGAGUAUCCUGGCGAGGUUGUCAUUACCGAUGGCGACGCCGCUGACGGCACCUCCACUCCGGCCGGCGAACCCGAUGAUGACUUCUUUUCUUCCUGGGACAAGCCGUCCAUCAAGAAACCCACCCCGCCAGUCUCCCGGACUGGCACUCCGUCUGUUAUUGGCCGCACCCCAUCUCCCUUCCUCAAGGCCGGUGACUCGAACGGUGCCGGAAAGGACAUUGCUCGCACUGCCUCGCCCCUUUCCCGAACCGACUCCGCCGAAUCCAAGCCUGCCGCUAGCCGUAUAACACACUCCGCAGCACUGAAGAAGGGCACCACCGGCGCCCGGAAGACCAACGUCCUGGGCGCAAAGAAGGCGGGCUCCAAACUUGGCGCGAAAAAGGUGACGACUGCUGACAUCGAUUUCGACGAGGCGGAGAAGAAGGCCAGAGAGGAGGCAGAGCGCAUUGAGAAGUUGGGCUACAACCCUGAUGAGGAGGAGGCUGAGACGAAGAAGGCGGGUGCAAUCAAGAGCGAUUCCAGCAACAUCGUCUCGCCCACACCUGUCAGCCCGCCACGUGGAGGCUACGGUUCGGCAUCCCAUACACGCGAGAAGUCCGCCUCGGAGAUGGAGCGACUGGGCAUGGGCAUGGGCCGUCUGGGAUUCGGUCAAAUUGGGGGCAACAAGCCUGUGGCGCAAAAGAAGGCAGUCGGCGGUUUUGGCUCUGUUGGACCUAUCAAGGCUUCCUCCUCUAACGACGACGGAGAGAACUACGCAAGGAGCAAAUUCGGCAACCAGAAGGGUAUCUCAUCGGACGAGUUCUUUGGUAAGGGCUCGUUCGACCCCAAUGCCCAAGCCGAAGCCAAGACCCGCCUGCAAGGGUUUGAAGGCGCCACGGCCAUCUCCUCCAACGCGUAUUUCGGCCGGCCCGAGGAGGAGGACAACGGUGAAGACUACGGCGAUUUGGAGAGUGCUGCCAAGGAUUUCGUCCGCAAAUUCGGUAUCACUGCGGGUGAUGAUCUGGAGAACCUGACCCAGGUCUUGGGAGAGGGCGCUACCAAGCUCCAGGGCGCUAUUCGGAGCUACUUGGGCAACUAA